GCCCCGCCCGCCUGUCCUUAAAGCGGCUAGGUCUGGCCUGCACAGUCCUCUGGCAAGUGGUGGACCUACCAGUGGGCUUUACUACUUGAAGAGUGCAGAACCCGGGAGCAGCUCGCGCGACACGGCGGAAGUGUUCUCGCGAGAAGACUGGGAGGCGGCAGUGAUGGCGGCGGCGGGAACCGGACCCGGCCCGGGAGCGGGUUCCGGACCUGGCCCUGUAGCGGCAGCAAAUGCAAUAACGGCAGAAGAGGGAGAAACGAAACCGGUGACAGCGGUAGCAGCCACUCCGGCCGGAGAGGGGACGUCUGCUGCUCCGGCGACUGAGCCUAGUUCUGGAGAGGCUGAAAGCGGGGAUGCAAACUUGGUUGAUGUAAGUGGUGGUUUGGAGACAGAAUCCUCUAAUGGAAAAGAUACACUAGAAGGUACUGGGGAUACUUCAGAGGUGAUGGAUACUCAGGCAGGCUCCGUGGAUGAAGAAAACGGCCGACAGUUGGGAGAGGUGGAAUUGCAGUGUGGGAUAUGUACAAAAUGGUUCACAGCAGACACCUUUGGCAUAGAUACUUCAUCCUGUCUCCCUUUCAUGACCAACUACAGUUUCCAUUGCAACGUGUGCCAUCAUAGUGGAAAUACUUAUUUCCUCCGGAAGCAAGCAAAUUUAAAGGAAAUGUGCCUUAGUGCUUUGGCCAACCUAACAUGGCAGUCUCGAACACAGGAUGAACAUCCAAAAACAAUGUUCUCCAAAGAUAAGGAUAUUAUACCAUUUAUUGAUAAAUAUUGGGAGUGCAUGACAACCAGACAGAGACCUGGGAAAAUGACUUGGCCAAAUAACAUUGUCAAAACAAUGAGUAAAGAAAGAGAUGUAUUCUUGGUGAAAGAACACCCUGAUCCAGGAAGUAAAGACCCCGAAGAAGAUUACCCCAAAUUUGGACUUUUGGAUCAGGAUCUUAGUAACAUUGGUCCUGCUUAUGACAACCAGAAACAAAGUAGUACUGUGUCUACCAGUGGGAAUCUAAAUGGUGGAGCCACUUUUGGAGGGGGAAUUGCAGCAGGAAGCAGUGGAAAAGGAAGAGGAGCUAAGCGCAAACAGCAGGAUGGAGGGACUACAGGGACUACCAAGAAGGCCCGGAGGUGGGGAGAUCACUGCCCCACCCACCACCUUUUGAAUAUUUGGUGCUGGCAGAGUCCACCAUGGGCUAUGUCUCUAAAUUCCUCAAAAAAUAAGUUGAAGGCUUCUGUUUUAAUGUCCAUCACUGCAGCUCCACAGUUAAAAAUCUCUGACGACCGUCUGACUGUUAUUGGAGAAAAGGGCUACUCCAUGGUUCGGGCUUCUCAUGGAGUGCGGAAAGGUGCCUGGUACUUUGAAAUCACCGUGGAUGAGAUGCCACCAGACACUGCUGCCAGACUGGGUUGGUCCCAGCCUCUAGGUAACCUUCAAGCUCCCCUGGGUUAUGAUAAAUUUAGUUAUUCUUGGAGAAGCAAAAAAGGAACCAAAUUUCACCAGUCUAUUGGAAAACACUACUCUUCUGGCUAUGGACAGGGGGAUGUCCUGGGAUUUUAUAUCAAUCUUCCUGAAGACACAGAGACAGCCAAGUCACUGCCUGAUACUUAUAAGGAUAAGGCCUUGAUAAAGUUCAAAAGUUAUUUGUAUUUUGAGGAAAAAGACUUUGUGGAUAAAGCAGAGAAGAGCCUAAAGCAGACACCCCAUAGUGAGAUAAUAUUUUAUAAAAAUGGUGUCAAUCAAGGUGUGGCUUACAAAGAUAUUUUUGAAGGAGUUUACUUUCCAGCCAUUUCACUGUACAAGAGCUGCACGGUUUCCAUUAACUUUGGACCAUGUUUCAAGUAUCCUCCAAAGGAUCUCACUUACCACCCUAUGAGUGACAUGGGCUGGGGUGCUGUGGUAGAACACACUCUGGCUGAUGUCUUAUAUCAUGUGGAGACAGAAGUGGAUGGGAGGCGCAGUCCCCCCUGGGAACCUUGACCAUUCCUCUUUUUUUCCAGACACAGACUUUGUGGGGAAUAAGACCAGGGUUUUUAUUUUUGUUUUCUAACUGUCAGAUAUUCUCCCAAAGAUGCUACAGAACAUAGCCUCUAUUUUCAGCAAGUUAAAAGGCUGAGUAGGCUGCGGGAGACCCCUACCCUUCAACAUUCCCUGCCCACUUCCAGUGACUCUUGUUUUGUGUGCCAUAAACAACUUGUGACCCCAGGAUCCCACAAGCUCCCUGUAAAACUGGUGCUCUUCCACAUCCCUGCCAGCUGGGACUUACUACCUUACUGUUUUUUCUAAGGAGUAAAUAAUCUUGUCCAAGUAGCUAACUUAUUUAAGACAUUUCCUCCUGUGGGCAUUGACUCCAUCCCACUUGAUUUCCAUGGAGAUGUUGAGCCUGUUUAUGAGAGGAGCUUAAAUCAGUGGCUGUACAUUUCAAACCAAUCUAAAAGCUAUUUCCUUUUGGUGUGGGUUUGGUUAUUAAUUUUGAAAUAACUUUUUCAAUACUGGGAUCUCUGAAACUCCUGGGUCUCUAGAACUGUAAUGUUGAAAUAAACUUGCCUGCAGCUUUAACACAAUUAGAACUAUUCCCCAAUAAAACUUGUUUCCAGGUUUGUGAGGUA